GAAAAAAGUGUUUAGUUUCACAUUUGCUGUAACAGGACUUUAAAACGAAAGCACGACGAACAAAGUGAAAUCACAGAUUUCUUUAGCUUCUUUUUACUGGGAAAAUAUACACCUUUAAGCGGAGAUGCUUUUGUGUGUGACUCUGCCGAUUCUCUUCAGCGUUAUGGAAUCUAAAGCAGAGCAAUUACAGGUGGUUGGUCCGGACGCUCCUCUUAUUGCUGUAGCUGGUGAAGACUUGGUUCUACCUUGUUUUAUCAAAGCCAAAACCAGUGCUGUGGACAUGACAGUGGAGUGGUAUAAACCAGACAGAGAUCAUUCAUUAGUGCAUCUCUAUAAGGAUCAUGGAGACACAAAUGAAAAUCAGGCUCAGACGUACAAAGGAAGAACUUCAGUUUUUGAGGAGGAGCUACAGAAUGGCAACGCUUCACUCAAACUCUCAGCUCUCAGAGUCUCUGAUGAAGGAGAGUACAGGUGUCUUGUUGAGAAUAAAUCCAUGUCCAAUGAAACGACUGUUUAUGUCAUUGUUGAGGUUAAGGGCAGCCCCCCGGUGAUCAUGAUGGAGAGUUAUGAUAACUCAGGAGGGAUUAAUCUAGUGUGUGAGUCCAGAGGCUGGAAACCUGAACCUGAGGUUCUGUGGUUGGACAGAGAAGGAGUCACUCUGCCUGCUGAAGAGACACAGAUACACAGAGAUGCUGAGGGUUUCAGUGUGAAACGCCAGAUAACUGUUUAUGAUUAUAGCGACUCCAACAGAUUUUACUGUAGACUUUUACAAAAACAUCACAUGAUGGAGACAGAGGUUAUCAUAAAUAGUAAAUUUUUUGCUGCUGGGAAGUGGAUUGUUGGCAUUUCAAUUUCAGCAUGUUUUAUUGCUGUUGGUUUGAUAUUAAUCUCAGUUCUACAUUACAAGAAAGAGAUUAAACGGGUGAAGCAAAAUGCAGAGCAACUGAGACUGGCAAAGGAAAAUGAGUUUAUGAAGAAGAGAAAGUUUGCAGUGGAUGUGACUUUGGAUCCUGAUACUGCUCAUCCUGAACUCAAAUUGUCUGAUGAUAAUAAAGAAGUGAAACUUGGAGGAAAAAAAACCCUCCCUAAUACACCAAAGAGAUUUAAAUAUAACUCUGUGUUGGGCAAGCAGAGUUUCUGCUCAGGGAGAUUUUAUUAUGAGGUGGAUGUUGAAAAGAAAAUUGAAUGGACAUUGGGAGUUGUGAAAGAAAGUAUUAACAGGGAGACGUGGGUUGAACGGAAUCCAGGCAGUGGAUUCUGGACCAUAAAACUGAGGAAUAACACUAAGUAUAAUGCUAAUGCUGAUCCCCCUGUCCCCCUCACACUGAGAGAGAAGGUGGAGAAGGUGGGGGUGUUUGUGGAUUAUGAGGAGGGUCUGGUCUCCUUUUAUGAUGUGAACUCCAGAUCUCUUAUCUACUCUUUCACUGGUCAAACUUUCACUGAGAAACUCUAUCCAUACUUCAGCCCUAGGUACAACGAAGAUGGUAAAAAUGCAGAUGCAAUUAAAAUCACUGAAGUGAAUUAAUAUUGACUUUAUACAGUGGUCCCCUGUAACUUACCGGGGGUUACGUUCUUAGACCCCCUGCAAAUUCCAAACAUUUCCAAAUUUGGACACACCCCUGCAGCCCCUAUGGUACCUUAGUGAAUUCAUAAGUAAGUUGUUUCCUUUUUGAUGCAUACUCAACAGAAAAUGUGAAGUAAUGGACACAAAUGCUUUAUUUAUCACUUAAAAUGAAUAAUAUAAUAGUGUUUUGAAAAAGUUUAUGAAAUUUGUUAGUGAAAAGAGUUAAAAUGUUACUCCUAAUGUUCCCGAACAUUCGGUCCCGCUGCAGAUUCCUGCAAAUUUUAAGAUAAUACUCAAUUUGCUGUUAGUUAGGUUCCAAAUGAGAACCUGCAAAUUUUCAGAGCUGUGAGUUCCAAACCACGAUUUAUGGGGGGUUGAUUGUAUUCCAUAAGGCUGCAUAGCUGCAUAUAAUCAUCACUUAGCUAGUAAAAUAUCUACUAUUUACACAUAGAUUGUGAAACAUUAUUUUAACAUAUAGAAAGUGUAUCAAUGUGCUUGUUAUCUGAUCUUAGAAGAAUAAAGAUUUCUAAAAACUUCUCUAAAAAAGACAAAUGUUACUCCAGUUACUGUAUUAUUUACUUUAAAUGCUGUUUAAAUGAUGUCUAUCUGAGACUCUGAAAGGAGGUAAAUGUCAUAUGAAGCUUAGUCAGGUGCAUCAGUGACACUUGUAUUAGGGCUGCAACUAACGAUUAUAUUCAAAUAAAAACUGUUUUUUGUUUUUUAUUCGAUGUUUUGCUUAUCAUAAACUAAAUAAAACCCUAAUUUAGCGUAUUUAUGUAUAAAAGUGUAAAAAUGCAAAAGCCACAUAUUGAUUUUAACCACCUUUAUUUUAGACAUUUUAAAGCUUUCAUUGGCUUGGAUUUCUUCUUAGACAAAUUCACUCAUGCCGAGUUAUA